AUGGAUAACGACAAAAUCCACAAGACGCUGCACGUUCUUCAAGCGCGCUGCGAAAAACACAAAGAACCUAGUGACCCCGUGGCGAACACGCGUUUCGAUACUUCUCCUACGAAUCCUGCGAGCAAAUCUCCGGAUGAAAUGACCUUUGGAUUCCAACCGUUCGCCUUACUUCCAUCGGCAAUAUCCAACUUGCCCGAAGCACGCAUCGUGAAUCGACUAGAUGCAAAGGAUGCCCUAGCGUAUGCCGAAUUGGUGAUGACGGAGCGACACAACGCUACUCACACACCAUGGCACCCGCAGGUCGGUGAUCUAGUCUAUGUGCGCCGACACAAAGGUUAUCAGGUCCCGCCAAAAAUUCACCACAAAUUUGGCGCUCAGCACACAGGACCAUUCAAGGUUGUUGACCCAGGGUGCCGAAGGGCACAAAAGCAGCAUCCAGCCAAGAUUUAA